CACACCCACAACUGUCACGGCAGCGGCUCGUUUUCCACGCAGUCACACCGUACGACCAGGAAGUCGUAAAGCGACGCACACUCUUCCCGUGAUCAUAAUAUUUUUGAAGGCUUCCCACGAGAUCGAGCGAUGUGAUCUGUUCUAAAAUGAGUAAGAGAAAAGGCAAAGUGAUCACUGAAGCAACAACUUUCAAGAGCCGCAAAGUCGCAGCUGCAAGUAUCGAACAUACGCCAGAUGAUGCAAACCCAAGUCAUCAGGGGAUCUGUUCCAAGGCCUUCGCUCAGUUUUCUACAGGUGACAUUGGACUCAUUGAAAGCAUCACUCUGAAGAAUUUCAUGUGCCAUCAUUCUUUUGGUCCGUUCCAGUUUGGGCCAAACGUGAAUUUCAUAGUUGGUCACAAUGGAAGUGGAAAAAGCGCUAUCCUGACCGCUUUGAUUGUAGGCCUCGGGGGAAAGGCCACUGUGACGAACAGAGGAAUGUCGCUGAAAGACUUUGUGAAGACCAAUGAAAAUACUGCAGAUAUAACAGUAAAGCUGAGAAACAGAGGGCCAGAUGCUUACAAAAAGGAUGUUUACGGCGACAGUAUCACCAUUGAACAUCGGCUCUCGAGUGAUGGAUGCCGGACCUGCAGGCUGAAAAGCAAAUCAGGACAUCUCGUCUCAAACAAAAAGGAGGAAUUAACGGGCAUUUUGGACCACUUUAACAUCCAGCUGGAUAACCCAGUAUCCAUUCUCAGCCAAGAAAUGAGCAAGCAGUUCCUGCAUUCGAAAAGUGAAACAGACAAGUAUAAGUUCUUCAUGAAAGCAACUCUGCUCGAGCAGAUGAAGAGAGAUUACAUCCACAUUAAACACACUAAAAUGGUCACGCGGGAGCAGGUUGAGAGGCAAGAGGAGUGUCUCAAGGACCUGAAGCAAGAGUUCCUGCAGAAGAAGGAACGAUAUGAAAAUGUUGCAUCCUUCAGUGACAUGAAGGUUGUUUUAGAGAAUCUGAAGAAGGCGAUGGUAUGGUGUUUGGUGAGUGAGAAGGAGCAGCUCUUAAAGCAGUUGAAGGAAGACAUUGAAAAGGAAGAAAAUAAUUACAAACCCAAGGAUAACCUUCAGCUCUGUCAGACGAAGAUCAUACAGCUAGAGAAGAAGCUUCAAUGCAUCAAAAGCAAAAUUGACACUCUGAGAGAAGAGCAAGAGUCUCUAUCAGAGGACAAUGUUAAGUUGAAAGAACAAGUGAAGAUCAUUAGCAAAGCACACAAGGACCAGGAGGUCGUUUAUUUUCGAGCUCUAAACAAGCUGAAACAGUCGGAACAAGAGCAAAACCUUCUCCAGGAGAAGCUUAACAAGGCAAAAGCAAGUAAGAGUCUGAACAGUGAGGGAGACUCGGAAUACACGAAACGGCAGAAGAGUUUAAGUAAUCUGAAAGAGCAGCUUGCAGAGCUCGAGAAUAAGUGCACGCACCUGAAUCAAGACAUCAAGAACAAACAUCAGGCGCUUCUCAAAGGGAAGGAAGAACUGGACAAGCUGAGACUGGAGGAAAGGAACGUACAGGCUUCAUACGAGUCCAAACUAAAGAGGAAGAAUCAGCUGCUCGCCAGUCGAUCGAACAAACUAAAGCGCUUUGGAGACCAGGUGCCUGACAUGAUGAGUGCAAUUAGCGAGGCUUAUGCCACGGGACGCUUCCUCAAGAGACCUGUUGGUCCAAUAGGGGCAUGUAUCAGUUUAAAGGAUCCCUCGUUAGCUGUGGCUGUGGAGUGCUGUCUGCGGAGCUUCGUGAAGGCGUUCUGUUGCGACAACUACAAAGACGAGGCGGUCCUCCAGGAGCUGAUGACUCGCUUUUAUCCAAAGGGCAACAGGCCACAGAUUAUCGUCAGCCCCUUCUCUGAUAAACUGUACAACAUUCAUGGAAGGAAAGCAUAUCAUCCGGAGUACCCAUCGGUAAUGGACAUAAUCACAGCAACAAGCCCAGUGAUUAUCAACUGUCUGAUUGAUAUGCGAGGGAUAGAAUCAAUCCUUAUAAUCAAAGAAAAAGAUAAAGCGAGGAGGGUCAUGCAGCACUGCCGUCCACCUAAAAACUGCCGUGAAGCCUUCACUGUUGAGGGGGAUCAGGUGUAUCCAAACCGUUAUUACACGUCUGAUUUCAGCAUGGCAAGAUAUCUCGGUGGGGACACUGAGACUGAAAUAAGUAUGCUGGACUCAGACCUGGAGAAUUACCAGGCUCAGCUGUCCAGGUUUCAGCUCCAAGUAAACUCUGUCACCGAAGACAUUGUGAAUAUGGAGAGCAAUCUUAACAACACCAUCCUGACCAUGAAGACAACACUGGCUUCUGUGAAUCAUGUCAAAGCAGCAAUAACUGAUCUGGUGACUGCUAGUGAGGAGCAAAUUAAUGACAUCAGCUCACUGGAAGAGGUUGCCCAAGAGAAUCAGCAGAAAAUCGAGGCAGAGAAGCAAAGUGUUCAAGAAGCAAAGGCAGAACUCGACAAGCAGCGAAAAAUGGCCGAAGACUCAGAUUCCAAGUACUCAUCUGUCAGAGACCGGAUUGAUCAGCUUCUAGAGGAAAUAGAGCCCCUUAAGGAUGAACAGCUGAAACUGGAGACGGAGUGUGCCAAGCAUGAACGAAACCUGAAAAUCUUAGAAAACAAAGUGAAGGCUCAUGAUGACAACAUUGAAGGCAUGAAAAAUGAACUUGCCCAAAGAGAAGAGGAGCUACAGGAAUACGUGGCAAAGGCUAUAGAGAUCAGUCCUGAACGGCAGCACGUGGUCGGCAACACCAAGAGCAUCGACACAGAAAUCACUCGACUGAAUAAGAAGAUCAAAGUGUACGAAAGCGACCACGGCGAGCAGCAGCAGGUGGUCAGGGAGUACGCCGAGGCCCUCGCUCUCUACAGAGAGAAAACCAACCAAGUAAGAGAUUUGCGGAGGUUCAUCGAUCGUCUGGAUAACAUCAUGUCAGACAGGCAGAACAGAUACAAAAUAAUGCGUAGGUCCCUGUCUGUCAGAUGUAAGUUAUACUUCAAUAACUUCCUAAUAAAGAUGAACUGCUGUGGAUCUAUGAUUUUUGACCACAACAACGAGACGCUCUCUAUCAUGGUAAAGCCUCCAGGCAGGGAGGAGGAUGGUGUGAGUGACAUGAGGUCGCUGUCCGGUGGUGAGCGCUCCUUCUCCACUGUUUGUUUCAUGCUCUCACUGUGGGAGAUCACCGAGUCACCCUUCAGAUGCCUCGACGAGUUUGACGUCUACAUGGAUAUGCACAAUCGAAGAAUCUGUCUGGAUCUGCUUCUGGAGUUGUCAGAGCGGCAGCAUCUUCGACAAUUUAUCUUCAUUACACCUCUGAACACCAGCAAUCUACCCAAGUCGGACCUUAUCAAAAUCCACCAGCUGCGGGCUCCAGAAAGACACCGGGGUCAAACAGAAGAUGAAGAUGUUUAAACUGAGCUUCAGUGACAUCAGUGGAUGAAUGUUAAUGGGCAUUACUGUAUACAGUUAUAAAAAAACAUUUAUGAACCCUUUUGAAUUACCAGGAUGUCUUCAUUUAAUUGCUCUAAAUGUGGUGUGAGCUUCACCUAAGUCCCCAGUGGUAUGCUGGCUAGAGUAAACAGGCUAUCUCAAGAGCUGUUUACUUUAGCCGGAAAGAGUACGUGUGCUUUUGAAUUUAUUUUGUGACUUGUAGAUCCUCCUCGGGUAGCAACAACUCCCAUCAGACACUUCCUGUAGCUGGUCUUGAAACUUGUAGAGUGAUGAGGCAUUUUGGACCCCUGCUUCCUACAAAAUAGUUUCAGUGCAUUAACAUUUAUGGACAAGGCGCAACAUCUCACUUGGAUUAAGACAGAGACUCUACCUUUAUCAUUACAAAACCCAGUUUUCUUUAUCAGCUGUUCUGUUGUUGGCUUGCUUAGAAGUUCUAGAUACAACGCCAGGCUCUGAGGUAUCAAAGCAACAUCAGUCCAUGGUUUUAAAAUUAGAUCAAUAGCAACAUAUGAUAUAUUACACCGUGCCAUUAUUCAUUUAAGAAAAAUGCAGCGCCCGCAGGUCGGCCGCUACAUUUCAACUGCAAGACCUACGUGCGCCUGCUCGCCUAAUAGCUGAAGCAGCACCCUUCAGGUCUGGACUUUGACUGAGUCAUUGCAACACCUUGAUAUUUUUUUCUUUUU